AUGGCCUCGGAUGGUUUACAUGGAGCUGGCCAUCCAAUGGCUUCUCGAGGCCCGGAGCUCCCAAACGCUGAGGCGCCCGUGUUGACAAGGAAACGCAAGUCAUCUGGGCUCGAAGCAAAGUCGGAUGCAUCUACGGAAGUUUCAUCUCAAGAGACGAACAAGAAGGUCAAGGUGGACAAUGACUGCGCCGAAAGGAAAUCUGUUGCGGUGCCCAUACCGGUGGAUCGGUCUGCUCUUCCCCCAGAGAUUUGGCAUCGGAUAUUUACCUUCUGUCCGCCAAGGUCAUUGGGUAACUUGUUGUCUGUCAACAAACUCUUCAACCUAUAUCUUGACCCAAGUUCGAAGGUUAGCAAAGGCGCUCCCGCUUCUAGCAGCAGCGGUGCUGUUGCACAAAUCAAGGCCAACAGUAUCUGGCAGGUUUCCAGACGGCUCUUUUGGCCUUAUAUGCCCUCCCCAUUGCGCUCCAAGACAGAACUCGAGAUGUGGCGGCUUGCUUGCUCUCAUAGGUGUCAUUACUGUGGAAAACUGGAUCCGCGGAAACAGACUACCAUGCUUGAUCCUCAUCUUCGAGGUCCCGGAGAAAACGGGGUAGCUACCAUCUGGCCAUUUGAGACUUGUAUGUGUGCAGCGUGUCUCUUGAAGCACACCAUCAAGGAACUCGAUUUAGAUCUCUCACCCACUAUCCCUUCCUCAGUUGUACCCGCGCUCUCUUUCGUGUACCUCACAAGCGACUUUCAGGUCCUCCCGGCUACUACUUUUGAACAAGGUCAGCUUCCUGUCGAAACACAGGUCACCAAACGGUUCCUUUCCUCCGAGGUUCAAGCACUGGAACGUGAACUUCUAGAGGUCAGAGAAAUGGGCCCGGGGACGGUGACAGAAUGGUUGAAGGGACUUCCAGCGCGCGGUAGCGGCAUCCGACAAGAAGUCUUGAAGUGGGAGAAAUGGGAAAGUCUCGGUGGGCUUGCAAAAAUGUGCUCGCAGCUUUACCCUGGCUACGUGAAAGACGUUGUGAGCACUCUGCCUGCCUCCACGACGCACGCGCCAUCUUCUGAUUCUUCAUCUUCGAUGCUGCCAAAUCAACCAUCAUCGGCUGCCACCCGCCAGCAGUUUCCUCAUAUCCGUCAUGAACGCACCGCGGCUGAGGUUGCUGAGCUCAAGGCAGCGCGGAGAGCCGAGAUUGAGCGACGUGCGCUGUUUCUUGAGCCCCCCUUGGGCCCAAACGUACUCCGGCACAUCCCAUCAUUCCAAGCAGCUAUGCAGAUUCCUCAUCCUCCUUUUGACGAUAAAGCCUGGGAAGUCCUCAAGCCGCGACUCUUGGCUCAACGAGCUGACGCUGAACAGCGAGAACGAGAGAACGCAGCCGCCAUUCAGGCCAAGCAAGACUCUCAUUUUGAAACGACUCUUGCUAGCACAAAAGAAGCCCGGGAUCUGAUUGACAAGGCUUGGGAAGAUCAACAAGGGCCUCUUCGAGAACGCAUCGCCGGUUACGCAGAUGAGAUAAUCAGAGACGGGUGGAACAAUGGCAAGGUCACCAAGGAAACAUGUGCCAGGUUUGCGGUUGAGGCACUUGGCUACGUGCGUAAACGAUUCUACGCUGAAAUUGCCAAGGAUGUCGAUGCUGCAAGGUCUGCCGGUCAAACACCGCCCGUUGAUCCUCCAGAGGGUCCCUUCACGCAGAAGCUCACGUUGGAGAAUAUGAAAUGGAUUUUCGAUACGAAAAUCAAGCCCAUCACAGAACGCUACCACAAGGAACUGUUUUAUUGCAAUGGCUGCGAGGGGAUCACCAAGACAUUCGGGUUUGAAGGUGUUAUACAACAUUUCGCCGCAAAGCACACAAGCGCUCUCAGUUCGGGCAACAUCGUUGUCUACUGGAGAGCAGAAUGGCCGGAACAUCCUCCAUUUGCGGCAGAGAUCCGACAGGUUCGCCAUCAUCCUUUCUUUGCGCCCACCCAACCUGUUUUCCCCGCCACCGGUCCUUCAUCGUUCCCAGUCGGUCACAGCUACCCUCCAGCACCACUUGCACCUAAUCAUUUGCCAACAUACCCACCGGGCCCAUAUGGGUAUGGAAAUUCAGCCUACAAUGACCUUUAUCAGCCGCCACCGCCGCCGCCGCCGCCGUACCCCUUACAGCCACAUCAGAUCGUGCCUUCCUAUCCGUCUCAGCCUAGAUAUGAGCACCACCAGUCUUACCCAGCGCCAUCUGAUCCAUACCCGCCUUACCAGCCGCCUGUGGGUCAAUACCCCCCAGGCCCUGCUUCAGCUACCGAUCCGUCUCAUCAUUACCCGCAACAGCCUCCCCAAGGCAACCCUUACGACCAUGGUUACCCACCAUAUCCAAUCGCCCAUCCUUACCUUCCUUCGGCAACACCACACCCCGAUAUGCACAGAGCAAAACUUGAGGAUAUAGCCCGGAAUUCGCGGGAGGUCUGGCAAGAACUGGGCAACAUACGAGGACUUCCUGGCAGUGUACGCGUCUUUGUGACAAUUCAUCAUUUGGUCAAGAGAUUCCACUCUAAAUUUUACGAACCGCCCGCGCUCGCGAUUUUUAUCGAGGGGCUCUCGAACAACAAAGACAUGCGUCCUGUUCGAAACGUGAACGACCUGAUCUGCAAGGCUUGUCAUCUUGGACUUGGUAACGCUGCCACGGUAGAGCAAGGCAGAAAGAGCUUCUCGUUGCCCCAGCUAACAAAUCACUUCCAAUCCAAGCACGUCAAGCCUUUGCAGAGUGCGCAUGCGCCUCCUAUGGAUUGGGCGUUGGACAUGGUGCUCUUACCGGAGCUAGCCCCGAUAUCGAAUCUUCACUCUGCAAUGUCAGAGGUGCAAAAGCGACUGAUAGUCGAAGCUUUGCCAGGGAUCUUUGAACAGCAGGGUCCGAAGCUUGUGCCUGCCGAUGUUUAUUACGGACAGCCAGCAAGUUCCUCUUCUGUGUAUCCGGCCGCCCAGGAAGUCCACAGUGCCUUGCGGACCAAGUCACCACAGGUCUCGUCGGCUGGUGCAUAUGGUAACACGGCCCCGUCUUAUAGUCAUUCCGGAAAUCUCUCCAAUGAUGUUCCAGCUAUCACAACCCCUACUGCAGCGUCUGAAAAAGCCUCGGGGCAUCCCAGUGAGGGUGGCGGGCACGCCUCACAGGGAUCUCGACCUGCCAACCGACGCCAAAACGGGCUUCAAAAUGGAAAGAAAGCAUCUGGCAAGAACAAGCGCAAGAGAAACCAGGACGGGAAUCCUUCUGGUGGGCGCAGGGCCGGGAGGCAGUUUAGAAGGGAUGAGUCCAGUACCCGGCGCAGAAGCACCAGCGAUAAUCCUGACACUUCCUCGUCGAACAGAGUGGACAGAGCUCCAGUAUCGAUUACUUCUUUUGGAGGCUCGUCAGGCCAGGAUCGCACCACGGUGGGCAAAGAUGCUACCGACCUUUUAGCGGCUUUAGAGUCACAUCUCACCCAGGCGCCGCGUGGGCCCGUGUAUCACAAGAAUGGGACUGCUCCCGCAGCUGGGGAAACUCUUCAUAACGCCGCGCAGCCCCAUGCCAGGCAGAGUGGGGAUGAAGAUCAGCAUCGCUAUUUCGAGCUAUCCACUCGGCAGAGGAUCUCAGUUGAUAAGCGGGUGGAACAGCAGUCCUCUUAUCAUUCAAGAAUAGAAGUCGAACGGCCUGAUCACCGCUACCCAAAAACUUCGGACGCAAUCAGACCUUCCGGGUACGCCGCGCCUGAGGAGAGAUACUACACCCGGUAUGAUCGGCCCUCUUCUGUCUUACCCGCGGAGCCGGAGCGAGGCAGUGGGCUGAGGCUGUUGAGGGAGGAGUCUGACUAUCCGAGAUACCGCGACGGGCCGCGCAGACCGAUUAACCCGGCUGAUGAGAUUGUUGAAAUCGUACACGUUAUCGAGGGAGAGCGUUCAUAUUAUAUUGAACGACCGGUUCGGCGUGAGCCCCAGACACGCUACGUGUUUGAAGGGCGAAUAGUUCCUCAUCGUGAGCCAGUUGACCGCUUUGCUGAAGGUGGUGGGUAUGAGGCCGGGUACGCAUCGGCCGCUCGGCCUGCAGGAUCGGCUUCAGAGAUGAAUAUGGCUAGAAGAUUCAGCAUGACACCAGAAGGGAGACGGAGGACGGACGGAGGAGUUACGGUCAAUAGUUCAGCAGACCUAGAGGAGUAUGAUCCUCGGUUUCCGGCGGCCUAG